GAUGGUCCAACUGUCUAUGCACAAAUUAAAAAAUAGUAUGUAUUCAUUUUUAUUUGCAAAAAAGUGUUGAUAUUUAUUUACUACAAAUAUGUAAUAACAUCAAAUUAUUGAUCAUAAAUAGUUAUAUUUGGUAAUGUCUUGAAACUCUCAUAGUCGAUUCAUAGGUUGGUGUGCAAUGCACAAAGUGUGUUGUCAAGUUGCAAUGGAAAUGCGUUUUGUCUUCAAUCGUAAAUAAUAUUUUACGUAAAAAUGAACGUGCAAUAUUCCUACGAUGCCAUCGGUUCAUUGAAAUUUUAAGGUUAUACGAUGAAGCUUGCGGUCCAUCCGCUUUCAAAAAAUCCCACUGCUGCAUGGGAGGAAUUAUCUCAACAACAAAAAGUAGUUAAAAUCAAUGCAAAAACUCCAAACACUGAGUCACCAAGUGAUAAGUUAAGAGUUGUGUGCAUGAGUGACACUCAUUCGCUCACACCAUUCAUAAAAUUCGAUAUUCCCAUGGGUGAUAUUUUCAUCCACGCUGGAGAUUUUACAAAAUGUGGUAGUCUUCACGAAGUAAUAGAAUUCAAUAGUUGGAUUGGGAACUUACCCCAUAAGCAUAAAAUAGUCAUAGCUGGGAAUCAUGAAUUAAGUUUUGAUUCCACCUUUACACAUCCGUUUUCUACUCAAGCUAGCGGUGAUCGUCAUAAGCACACUGGAACCAGUAUUUUAGAUAAUAUACCUACAUUAGGAAUAUCGAAGGAUGUACUCGCAGAAGCUAUUCAAACGCAUAAUGUCAAGGAUUAUUUAACUAAUUGCGUUUACCUCGAAGAUGCCGAAGUGGUUCUGCAUGGGAUCAAAAUAUAUGGAACACCAUGGCAGCCAGAGUUUUGCAAAUGGGCUUUUAAUGUUCCCCGAGGAAUACAAUGUCUUUCCAAGUGGGAGAGGAUUCCGUCAGACACUGAUAUUUUAGUAACACAUACGCCUCCAGUCGGUCAUGGGGACCUUUGUUGUAGUGGAGUGAGAGCUGGUUGUGUAGAAUUAUUAACAACGGUCCAAAAUCGUGUCAAACCAAAGUACCAUGUUUUUGGUCAUAUUCAUGAAGGAUACGGUAUAUCAACAGAUGGGAAAAUAAUAUUCAUUAACGCCUCGACUUGUGAUCUAAACUACUUGCCGAGCAAUCCACCAAUUGUUUUCGAUAUAACUUUACCUCCGGGAAUUCAAAAGACGUAAGCAACUAACCUGGAUCUUCGAUAUUGUCCUGAAAUGUUUUUAGUUAGCAGAGAGAGAGUUUAUAAUUUAAUUAUUUUAAACAUAAUGUUAAAAGGUUACGAUUUCAAGUUUAUAUAUUUGUAAUCUUAUAAUUUGAGUAAUUUAUUAGACGUAACAUGUGUGUUAACAGGAAAUACUGCGAUUUAUUAGUAAAAUUUGUAACAAUUGCAGAAAUAGUUUCGAAGGAUUUGAUAGUUACUAUUUAAUCCAAAUGUGAUAUUUUUAGUUUGAAGGAUCAAUGAUGCGAAUUCGGCUUGCACUGUGACAUUUAACUAAAGGGAUAAAUAAGAUUUGUAAAUAAAUUUUAUACUUAUUUGUUAUAGGUACUUAAACCAUCAAAUAUCAUAGCUAAUAAUAGUUGGCGGUUCGCAGCUGUUUAAACAAAAUUUUAUUACAUUAAUGAGUUCUGAAAUAAUUGAUCAUGAGUGAUCUACUGUGUAAUAUGAAGUACUUUUUCUAUUUAUUCUUGACUUUUUGUAGUACUAGCCUUAACCCCUAGUUUCGAUACAGUACAAAAAAAUUAAAUUACAAUUAUUAUUUAUUCAGGCAUUUAAAUUAUUAUUUAAUGCUGCAAUCAUUUUUGUUGUGAAUAGCAAAAUAUAUGCUUAGCGCGCAUCUCCGAAUUUAGGAAAAAAGCAGGGAAGACAGUUCUAGCAUGUAUUUUAUGAAUUGGCUGUAAUUAGGUCUUAAUGCUAGAAAGAAAAAUUACUUUCUUAUAAAAUAUAAUUUUUUGUUGAUAACAUUGUACAAAAGCCCUAUCACAAAACUUCGGUACAUUGCACAAGUGUCAACGAGGAGAAGCUGGAUUUUUUUGUUCAAAUGUUCCAGAGGUUGUAUUUCUUGGGAGUUCUUUUACAUUUCUUUUAUAAUUUAAGUUAACUAAUUUUUAAAUAGGUUUGUCGAGGCAAAUUUCUUGUAAUAUCGUUAAUUUGUUAUUCGAAUUAAAAAAUGCCAAAAUA